CUGAGCAAAAGCACCAUCCAUGGCAAUCGAAAGAAACCCGAUACGUCGAAAACCUGAUUGGGCCGAAGAUUCAAAGCCAUUGCCAAAUCUCCCUCAAGAAAUUAUUGUCGAAAUACUCUCGAGACUUUCCGUCAAGUCUCUAUUGCGAUUCACGUGCGCUUGCAAAUCAUGGCGUUCUUUGAUCUCUCAUCCGAAAUUCGCAAAAACCCAUCUAAGUGUAGCAUCGUUAAACACCGAUUAUACCCACGAUAGACUCCUCCUAAGGAAUAAAGGAUAUUACCAUCCCGAUCUCAACUCAUGUUCUAUUUCUGCUAUUAUGUAUGAGCAAUCUGCUACUGCUGUUAGUCUUGAUUGCCCUUUUGUUGGAUCUCCUGAUUCGAUUUCGAUUGUGGGUUCCUGCAAUGGAUUGGUGUGCAUCACUAUUCACAAGUCAACGAUAAUUCUAUGGAACCCAUCUACGAGGAAAGCCAAGAAAUUGCCCGAAAUUGGAAUGCAGCUCAAUGAGCUCACAGAUUCCGAGCACGCUUUUUCGCCUAUGUGGCUUCAUGUUUAUGGAUUUGGUUAUGACGAGUCUAUUGAUGAUUACAAGGUGGUGGUAGUUUUCCAUGUUAGAUUUAAAUAUAUGCAAAGUCAAAAUAGAGUGGCGGUGUAUACGUCAAGGACUGAUUCUUGGAGGAGGAUUGGAGACUGUCCUCAUUGUCUUGAUAGGACUUGUUUAGGGAAAUUUGCGAGUGGGGCACUCCAUUGGAUUCCGAUUGUCCGGUCCAAGGACAUUAUUGUCUCUCUUGAUUUGGCUAGAGAGACAUUUGGGGAGGUUUCACAACCUGAUUAUGUUGAUUCUUGUCGUAACUUGACAAUGGAUGUUGUAGGUGGAUGCCUCUAUACGCUCUACAAUUCUAAUAGAUUGGGUGUUGAGCUAUGGGUGAUGAAGGAAUAUGGUAUAAGAGAGUCUUGGACCAAGUUGGUUGCGAUUCAUGAUAAGACACAUUCAUUGUAUGGUCAGCUUUUCAAACCAUUGUUCAUUUUGAAGAAUGGCGACAUUUUAAUGGCUGUUAGGGGGCAUUUAGUUCAGUACAAUCCGAAAGAUGGAAGUUUUUUUUAUCGAACGGUUGACAAGUGUUUCCUAUCUUUUCGUGCUUAUCCCUAUAUUGGGAGUCUAGUUUCACCCGACACUGAUGCAGACAAUAGAGUUUAGUGACAACGCCAACGUUGAAGGGGAUGAAGGUAAAAUUUGAUGUUUUAUUGUCUCUUACCACACUUUUCCAACUUUAAAUAGAGUCAUAGUUUUUCGUAUUUACCGUUUUUCAUCACUCAUUGAUGUAUUCUGUGUAGAUGAUACAAGCAACUAAGUGUUUUUAUUAUUUUUUCUCAUGAUACAAGCAAUAAAGCAGAUAGUAAACUCCA